UAAAACCGUGACCGUUUUUACAGUUCACCUGACUUGAACCCUUUGAAACCGUGAGACGUACAGUACUUGAAAAAGUGUGCGCGUUGUGGUUUUUUUUAUUGUUAACUUCUAAAAAUUAGUUGAAUAUUGAAAUGUCUACUGAAGAAGCCAUUUUAAAAAUGAAUGUUUAUAAAGAAAGCCCCUCAAAAUCAACAAAAAUUGUUUCAAAGGAUGAAGCUCAAACAGCUUCAGCAGUACCGACACCAACGCAAACUCAAACUCAGCAAAAAAGUACCACAGCCUCGAUCCCACCCAGUGCUUCCUUCUACUCCUCAACAAAAGCAGGAUCCAGUAACGAUCCAUUCUAAUCCUUUACCUAUUCAACCGGCGCCAAUUACUCCUCAACAUGUUCAACAGCAAACACAACAAACAACACCAAGCGGAAAACCUCCCGUUGGUAGUGAAGAAUGGCAUCGACAGCGUCGCGAAAAUCACAAAGAGGUUGAGCGUCGACGCCGUGAUACGAUCAACGCCGGUAUUAAUGAAUUAGCCAAAAUUGUACCUGGUUGUGAAAAAAAUAAAGGAAGUAUUCUCAAUAGAGCAGUUCAAUAUAUUCAACAACUUAAGGAGAAUGAAGCUGCGAACAUCGAGAAGUGGACAUUGGAAAAAUUGUUGACAGAUCAAGCCAUUCAGGAAUUACAAACACAAGUGGAGAUGCUCAAAACUGAGAAUGGAAGACUUAGGGUAGAAUUAGAAGAACUACAGGGUCCAUCAAAAAAGAAGCAGAGAACUGAUUGAUUAAUAACAUUUAUAUUAAAUUUUAAGCGUUGGUCAUAUUGUUAGAUUAGAAAAUUUGGAAGCUGGCUCAUUAUCUUUGGAAUUGAAUAUAAUUUUCUUUUGCAGUACUUGAAGCUUUUUUUGUUGGUGGACGUUUGCUUCCCAUGUUAUUUUAAAAAAAUUUUUGAUAUCACAUAGUUUUGUUUUUUUUCCUUUUUUUUUUAUAUGAUAUAUGAUAUGAUAAUAUAUAGUAUGAAUGUUUCCUGGAAUUACAGUUACAGUUAUACUAACACCCAUCUAGAGCUAACUGAUGGUCUUAAAAGCUUUUUACGAGUUGCAUUUAGUAAACCAGUGUGUUUUGUAAAUUUCUUAGAGGGCAAUUCUUGGGACUUUUAUCAAAUUCUUAACACAAUAAAAGUAUUACAAAUUCCCUUUCUGAUAUCCAAAAGUAUAUUAAAAAUAAUUUCAAUAUUGCUAAAAUAAUAAAUUUUUUAAG